AUGAAGUUUACCCAUGAAGAGCUUCUUAGGGCUGCUGAAAGAAAGUUGGCUCGCUUUCCUCCCAAGUUUAACGCCGAGGGGGAUGGGCAAAAGAAACGCGCCGAGCGCGACGGGAAAGGCGAGGGGAAUCAAGCCCCAAAGAGAAGGAAAUUGAUUAAGGACCCCGCCUUUCACGCCACCGCCUCCAACACCGCCAACACUGCUAAACAGGGGAGAAACCAAGUCCCCCCGUCUCCACCUCGCCAAGUUCCAAACACGCUUGUCCAUCAAACAAGCGAAACGCAAUCAUCCCAAAGCCAAGCCACUCCUUCGGCAACCGCCAAAUCAACCAACAAUCAGACGCCCGCUACCCCUCCCUACCAAGGCGACAAACAGCCUACCCCGUCACCUCGCCAGGAAGACAGGCUGUCAACUCCACCGCCUCAUCAAGAGAACAGGCCGCCGACUCCACCCCCUCAUCAGGAGAACAGGCCGCCAACUCCACCCCCUCAUCAGGAGAACAGGCCGCCGACUCCACCCCCUCAUAAGGAGAACAGGCCGCCGACUCCACCAUCUCCCAACACACCACCAAACCUGGCCCAGCAGGAAACCGAGGUUUUCAGCAAGGGAACCAAAGAAACGAGCGAAGAAUGCAUAACCUCUCUUCUUCAUGCCGGAUGCAUCUUUGCAAAGACCUUUCAGAAGCUCAUCGCCGUCGCCGCUACAUCUGAGGAGCUAAAAGCAGAAAAUGACCAACUUUGCGGCUCCGUGAAGGACUGGCAGGCACGCUUUGAUCAGUUCGUUACUGCCGCUAGCAAGGAGAAAGUUCGAACUGACAAAAUGAUGGGCGCGGCGGGAAGAAAGAUUGGCGAGCUGGAGACCGAUUUGUCCAACAUGCGGGCUGAAGCUGAUGACCUCGACGCGAAGCUUAAAGACCGCAAAGAGGAAAAGGAGCGGGUCAAACGUGAGUUGACAGCAAAGGAUGAGGUCUUGGCCGCCAAAGAUUCUGAGCUGAAUUCCAUAAGAGCUGAGCUGGAGGCGAUCAAGAAGGCGUUGGGUGAGGAAACAGAGAAAGCCACUGAAGCCCAAGCAGCAGUCCUCGCCGCCACCGAGGAGAAAAAGAAAAUCUCCGAAACCCAUCAAGCAGCCCUUGCUGAAAAAGAAACGGAACUUGGCGCACUGCGAUCAAAGCUGGAGGAGAUGGAAAAAGAACUUUCCGAGGAAAAAGCCAAGGCCGGCGAGGCGAGGGAAAAAGCUGCUGAUAUCGCCUAUGAGAAUCGGGAAGAGGGCUUCUACAUCGCCAAGGACCAAGCCCAAUUUCUGUUUCCAAAUCUUGACUUCAGCCCGAUGGGGGUGAUGAAGGAGAUCACUAAAGACGGGCUGGUUGGACCUGACGAUCCCCCAAGGAUUGAUCCCAACCUGUGGGCUGAUGACAACGAAGAAGAAGAGCAAGAAGAAGAAAUGAAUAAUGAUGAUAAUCAAGAAGUUUAA